AUGAAUGCGCCCGUCCUACCGCCCAUGUCACCGUUGCCUCCUUCGCCGACGCAAAAUUACGAUGAGGACAUGCUGCAGUUGUUAGGCUCGCCUUUCAACUUGCCGGACGACGUGAUGAGCGUUCUGUCUAGCGACACGCCCUUGUCGACGGGGAGCAACUUGGUCCGGGCCAUGGACCCACCAUCACCCGAACCAUCACCAGGUCCAUCCCCCGAUAGAACACCCGGUGUAUCGCCAACCUUUUCACCCUCAGCAUCGCCUGCGGCAUCGCCCCCUUCGGAAGUGGCGAAUUUGGCGKCAUGGACGCCAAGCAGUGGGGGGAGAUUGACGUCUUUACCCGACGCCACUUUGGAUCAGAUGAACAAGGAGGAAUUGCGCGAGUACKCCGAGGCAUUGAAAUCGUUGGCAGAGAAGUAUCCCCAGGUGAAAGAGACCUUGACACCUACCAUCAAGAACGUGAUGACGCGGGUGGACGGUCGAUGGCGAGGCAAUCGAAGCGAGAAAAGGAUGGACUUGGCUGAAGUGGAAGAAUACGUCAAGGAAUUGGAAGCCACCGAUCAAAGCAAGUUUGACGAAACGUCUCAAAUGCGGAUUCGCUAUGCCCUGGAAAAAGCCCUGGCACGGCGACUGCAGCUUCGCAAGGAAGCCGAACGAGAGAGGAGGGAUGGCGACGACGACGACAAUAAUGACGAUCAUGGGGAACGAUUCAAGAACGCGGAUCAAGACACCGUGUCUAAAGCCUUGCGCAAAAAAUUAGGCAAAGGAGAUCAUCAAACCAUCGCCAAUACCACCACCGUGACCACGGUUCGUCGAGGCAAGCGGCCUGUGGUGGAACGCGAGCAUAACAGUCAAACCUUCCCCGGCCCAGGCAGCGACAACGACGAGGAUGGCGAUGACGCGACUAUUGAGGGAGGCGUAUUGCGGCGCAAGCGAAAAUCUCGAGUGUCCAAAUCCAAACCUCGUCGCAAGAAACACAGCCAACAGGGAGGCAUCGUGGCCGACAUGAAUCCGUAUGGAGGGUAUAACAAGAGCCCUCACGAGGUAGUGGAUCAGUACAUUCAAUUUCUUCGCGACGCCAAGAGAAAGAAACUAUCAUGA